UGAUUUGUUGAUUAAUUGCUUUACUUUGAUCAAUGGUUAUUGUUAGUUAUUUUUUUAUUUUAUUUUAGUGACAACUUAUUUUUUUUCAGAAAAACAAUGGGAAAUUUUUGGUCAAAUUGGUUCGAACAUCAAACUAGACCCAAUGAUGACGACCAUUUGGAUCAGCCCAGAUGGUUUGGACAUUUACCGCCACCACAUCCGAUAGAUUCAAUCGAGCCUACAUUAACUUUGUAUGAUCGGAACGGUACUAGCAUUGAAAUUGAUCAUACACAACGUUUGGAUGAUGCUAUCGAUAUGAUUCGUUCAUGCGACUGUUUCAAUCAUUCAUACGGUGAUCAACGUUUAAUUAUCUUGACGCAUGGAUUUCGUAGUGAUAAACACACCGAAUGGUUACAUGAAUGUAAAAAUACCAUACUCGAUAUUGAUAGUGAAUACAGUAGCCAACAAUGGCAAGUAGUCGCCAUAUUAGGUUGGGGUGGUGGUGCCGAUAUAGGACUAAUCCAAUAUCAACAAGCGGCGGCAAAUUGUUUCGAGGUAGGAAAAUGGUUCGGCAAUUUUAUAAGCCGAUUUCGCGAAGAAUUUCGAAAUGUUGCCAUCUAUGGUAUUGGACACAGUCUUGGUGCACAUCUAAUGGGAAUGGCUGGCCGUAUUAAUCAUGGGAAUUUUGACCGUAUCACCGGUCUCGAUCCAGCUGGUCCUGGAUUUCAAGAUGAAAAUCAUGAUAAACGAUUAAAUAAUAAUGAUGCAAUCAUGGUCGAUGUUAUACAUACGGAUGGUUUAGAGAUUCCAUAUUUUGGAACAUUAGUCCCAUUAGGAAAAAUUGAUUUUUAUCCAAAUUAUGGAUGGGAUCAACCAUCAACCGAUGAACGACCAGAUGCUAAACCAAUGAUGGCACGUAAUCCCUUGAACAAUAACAAAAUGAUCAAAUCUAGUAAUCAAUAUGGUUACAAUGUGUCUGAAUCACAUAGUCGUGCAAUUGAAUUCUACAUAUGGUCCAUACGAAAUCCAGGCCGAUUUCGUACACAUUAUCAUCUGGAACGGGCACCGGAUGUGGAAAAAGGUGUACAUAGAAUUCGAUCUAUACAACCGGAUAUCGGUGUCGAAGUUGAAAUGGGCUAUCAUAUGGAUACAUUUAUCAUAAAUCAUUUACGUUCGAAAUGCGCUGUAAACAUUAAACGUAAUGAUGAUAAACAAUCAUCAAAAGAAUUAUGGAAAACAAUGGUAAAUGAUCGAAAAUAUUGGGGCAAUUAUUAUGUUCAUACGAAUGCUCAAUCACCUUGGUGUUGAUUAUCAAUACAUUCGAUAAAUUGAAUGGUAUAACCAUAUGCAGUAAUGUAAUGUUUGUCCCCUUAAUAACAAAAAAAAACUAUUUGUUUUUUGUUAUUGAAUAAUAACAUUUUUUAUUUUAAUUUUUUUCCAAUAAAUGAUUA